AUGGUUGUGCCGAAGUUGUUCGCUUGUGCGUUUCUACUGGGUAUUCUUCACCAGGUCAAAGGAACGCCGUUUGGCCGUGAUGGAAGUAAAGAAACGUCUUUCGAGGAUCUGACGGCGUUCGAUGUGAUUCUGGCGGAGAAUGAGGCUGCUGGUCUUGACCUGUUUGAAGGAGAUAUCCUUGACUCUGCUGACCAGGUCCGUAACGCCAUACAGUGCACAGGACGCAUGUGGCCGAAGGGACCAGACGGACUGGUGAAAAUCCCGUUCAACAUUACUGAUGGUUUCACCAGUGAUGAGGUGUCUGCCAUCCACCGCGCCUUCCAUGAGUACGCCCACAAGACCUGUGUGGACUUCUUCCAGGUCACCACGGAGCUGGACGCCUACGUCAGUCUAGAGAAGACCACCAGCGGGUGCUCCUCCAAGUUCGGUAACAUGAAGGACGGCGGCCAGCCCCUGUCUCUGUCGGCCAGCUGUAUCAGCCGGUACGGCUCCGUGGUGCACGAGCUCAUGCACGCUGUCGGCUUCAAACACGAGCAGGCGCGUCCGGACAGGGACAACUAUGUCACUAUCGUCUGGGGAAACAUUCGCGACGGGAAGGAGAACAAUUUCAACAAGGAGUCUGAGCCCGUCAUCAGCACGCUGAACCUGCCGUACGACUUCGGGUCCGUCAUGCACUACAGCCGCACGGCCUUCACCACCAACGGACAGGACACCAUCGUGCCCAAGGUCCCCAACGUGCAGAUCGGACAGAGGGACCAGAUGAGCGACCUGGACGCACAGAAGAUCAACACUCUAUACGGAUGUGGUCGCACUGUGACCGGUGCGCCGACAGGGACCGGCCUGGACACGUCAGCAAAUUUGGCGCAGCCCAGAGUGGACCUGGACACAACAAUUUCGUGCUCCUUCGCCUCUGGCUGGUGCGGUUACACGCAGGACACUGCAGACGACUUUGACUGGAGUCUGAACGUCCUGGGAGAAGCGACACCUAGCGGUAGCACCGGUCCUGACCACGAUCAUUCCACGGGGGAAAAGGCACACGGUCACUUCGCCUUCAUCGAGGCCUCCUCUCCCCGUCAUAACGGCGACACCGCCGGCCUGCUCUCUCCAAUUUCUACCGCUAGGGGUCCUCACUGCCUGAAGUUCUACUACCACAUGUACGGCGCGGAGACAGGCUCGCUCAAUCUUGUCUACAUAGACACACGAGGGGGAAUCAAAUAUCCGAUCUGGAGCAGGUCAGGCGAGCAGGGAGACUUGUGGGUUGAGGCCAGGGUAGACAUCGAUGCCCACUCAGACUUCCAGGUGAUGUUUGAGGCGGUGCGUGGGACCAGUUACCAUGGUGACAUCGGUAUUGAUGACGUGGAGAUGGUGGCGGGAACGUGUGGUUCUGUCUAUCACUGUGACUUUGACGUCGACUUCUGCGGUUUCCAACAACUGGCGAGCGACGAGCUAGACUGGGUCCGCAACACCGGACACACGCCUUCCGCCACUACAGGGCCGGACAGGGACCAUACCACAGGCUCCUCAGGUCAUUACAUCUUCGUCGAGGCGUCCAGUCAGGACAGGAGUGACCUGGGCACCCUGGUCAGCCCGGAAAUACCUGCGUCCACUUCCGGUUACUGCGUCACCUUCUGGUACCACAUGUACGGUCGGGACACGGGCUUCCUGCGCAUGCGCACCGUGGACCGGGCCGGGACUGACCAGCUGGUGUUCGAGCUGAUCGGAGAACAGGGAGACCUGUGGAAACGGGCGGACGUGUUCGUCAACCCUGGCACAGACUUCAGGCUCCACUUCCAGGACUACAUCGGUUGUUACGCCUACAGUGACAUCGGCUUGGACGACAUUGAAUGGCGGGCCGGGCGCUGUGAUGUUGUGUAACGUGUCGCUUCAGAUCCAGGCUGUAUGUAGUCUGGUAAAUCAUAAAGGGGUCAUAAUCCUGAAUAAAGCGUCUUGCUUUGA